AUGUACGAGAAUAAUAAGUUUACAACGAGAAUAAAGCCAAAUGUUGAUGCACCGCUCCGACCUCCAAAGCGCACUAGAAGUCUCCCGUCAAUAAUCCGCCGAGCUACCAAGUUCAAGUGGAGCAGGACCAACCGGUCUUAUUCCACUGGUAACAUUAAUAGUCACUUGGGCAAACAGGGUGGUGGUGAUGGAUUCAACCAAAGACUUGAUAACUUUUCAAAAACUUUCAACGUUCCAGAGCAAAAGGUUGGGCCUAUCGGUCCGCACGUUACAGUGGAGUGGGUUCCGGAAAUCGAACCGUCAAUAUCCGAGUCCUCCAAACCCUCUAGUAUAUCGAAUACUGAUAAUACUGAGCGCAUGGAACUGAUGAACAAGCUCCUCUCAACUUCAUCUAGCGUGAUCUUGGCUUUGAUGGAUGACACCCAAAGCUGUUUCUCAGAUCACGUUUCUGUUCCACCGUCGACCACCCCUGAGUAUUUUCAAAACCCUGAAUAUUUCAGUCGUGGUUAUCUAAGAGGAAGCCAAUACUCUAAUCGGGCGGUUGGACUUGGGGUCAAACUGUACAAAAAGGGCAAGUAUGCAGAAGCGAGUAAGCAGUACCGUGCUGCAGCGUCGCAGGGCAAUAUGUAUGGCAUGCAUAACUUGGGUGUGAUGCAGCUCUAUGGACAGGGAAUGGCAGCAGACUAUGCCGCUGCCAAAGAAUGUUUUGUUUAUUGUGCCCACAAAGAGCUAACGGCAAGUAUGAGCCAGCUAGGAUACAUCUACCUCUAUGGCAAAGGAGUUGAGGUUGACAUCGCCAGGGCCUUCAGCUGGUUCAAGCGAGCAGCGGAUCGCGGCAACCCUUACGCUCAGUUUCAGCUCGCGGGAAUAUGCUAUCGGGGCACACCAUUUUUGUCACGAAAUACUAGAACGGCGGCAAAACUUCUCGCCCAAUCCGCGAUGCAGGAUUACGCCCCCGCCUUGUAUAAUUUGGGGGCAAUGUAUUUUACGGGAUCUGGUGUCCCUCAAGAUUUUGUCGCAGCUGCAACAUUGUACAAGAAAGCUGCUAAAAUGAAUUAUCCUCAAGCUCUCACCAACCUCGGUGCUAUGUAUGCUUGCGGGGUGGGUGUGCAAAGAAACUUUGCAAGAGCCAUUAGCUACACCAAAAAAGCGGUUCAGUUCUCCGUGCGUGAGGCUCUUCACAACAUGGCAGAUGCUUAUGCGCAUGGUCAGGGUGUGGAUAGAAACUUGGCAAAGGCGGUUGAGUUUUAUUUCCGAGCUGCUCAAGCCGGCGACGCUGAAGCAGAAUACUCCUUGGCCUGUAUGUUUUUACAGUUUGACCGACUGGAUAAAACGAACUGGGAUACUGGAAACUAUUGGAUGAAAAGGGCCGCUGAUCACGGAAGUAUAAAUGCCCAGAAAACCCUGUCGGUUAGCGCGGUUGGAGAACGCGAAGUCAGGCGUCUGGCGGAAACUCUUGCCAAAAAAGUUUAG